CAGCCAGCAUCACCCAGACUGUCCAUCACCCCGAUCAACGCAAGGCAAAGGAAUCCAGAGUUGCCGGUAUCCACCGUUGUUGUGCCACCGGCAGCAUCACGCAUUCGCUCCGAACCUGCGGGAGAGGCAGACCUACCGGGUCAGUACCGGCAGCAUGAGUAACCCAGGCCAGCUGUUCUUACUCGCGGAUCACGUCAAACUAUCUCUACUUGAACGGCAGAGAGCCAUAUCCUUAAGCCUUGAACCGAAUUCUCAGGAUGGAGAGAUAUCGCGCUCUCUAGAGUCGCUGCGGGACGGCAUCGAAUCCGUCGAGAAGGAGGCCAGACGGCUGGAAGAAGACGGCGACUCAUCAUUCGUAGAUCUCAAAGAAGAAGCGUCCAACCUUCGCCAACAGCUCCAUGACCUCGAAUCUCAGUUCUACGAAAACCCAUCCUCAUCCUCCAAAGAUACCAUUUCAUCUCCGAACGACCCUUCCCUUGCUCAAGAUUUUGUCAAGGCCAGCAGCGCAUCCGCCUCCACUACCCUUAAACACCCAACUCCACAGCACCCGGUUUCCAAAUCUGUCAGAUUCACAGAUACCCUCGCCGCGCAAGCCGAAGAAGAGGAAGACCCCAACCGCAGAGAACUCCUACAACCAUACAGAGACUCGCCAUCUCCAUCACUAGACCAUUCUCAACUUAGCAAUGAAGAAAUUCACGCACAUCAUACUCAGAUCAUGCAAGAGCAGGACGACCAGCUCGACCGGCUGGGAGAGUCGAUCGGACGACAGCAUCAACUGAGUAUUCAGAUCGGCGACGAAUUAGAAGGCCAAGUUGCCCUGUUGGAUGAAGUUGAUGGACACGUUGACCGGCACAUCGGAAGACUAGACGGCGCCCGGAGAAGACUGGGAAAAUUUAAGCGCAAUGCGAGAGAAAGCCGAGGGAUAAUGUGGAUUAUCGGGUUGAUCAUCCUUCUGGUGAUUUUGAUCGUGAUUCUGAAGUGAAUUUAACAAAGACGAAAAAAAAGAGUCGGACUUACGGCGGAGCCUCAUUGAAUUCUAAAGAGAUGAAUGGGCUCUACAUACACCUCUGCACGGUUUUCAUCGCGUUGAUAGACUCCACCAGUGGAUUCUCAGAGAUUUCGAAUUUCCAUUUUUAUCUUGGUGAUCUCUCCCGCUUUGUGUACUUUCUAUGUGAACGACGUUUUCAAGCAUCUUGUGGCACUGUGACUUUUCAUAUGGAUGGAUUAUGCGGGCUCAACAGGCGUUGAUCGAUGGUGUGAACACUUGUUUUUGGUGCUGAGUGUUAUUCUUCAUAGGCAUCUUUUCUCAGUGCCUCCCCUAUAAUAUACGACAACUGUAUAUAAAUUACUUGGUUUUUUUUGGCUGUCUUAUCAUGAUGUAUACACAGCACCUAUCUCCUAUUUCUGCUGAGACA